AGAGCACCACUUUCGACUGUUACCUCGAUCUCGCACAACACUCAAAACCUCACCGGCCUUUAUCGAUCGAUCGUCUCCGGUCUCCCCAUAUAUAAACACGCAAGGACAGACGUCCUCUUCUCACCUAGCCCCCAGCCUUUCAUUUGCAUGUACUCUACAUUUACCUGCUUGAAACUACAAAGUUAAACAUGAGGCUUCACCAUUUGCAUGUGGCUUACUUGGACAAAGCGGCCUCGUCUUCGUCACCAUCAUCGACCUCCCCGUCUCUCCCCUCCUCUGCCAUCCCGUCGGCCCUUCAAUGUUUGCGCCCACUUGCGCCGAAGAUCUCGUUCCCUCAGGCGAGGAAGAUGGUCGUCGUACCUGAGUUUGCUCGCGUCAGAAAUGCUUCGAGGCCGCUGAACUGCACGGUGCAAAUGCCAACGGCUGGCACGACACGAUGGAACCCGUCGCCGGAGCAGAUAAAGGUGCUGGAGAUGCUGUACCGCGGCGGGAUGCGCACGCCGAACUCGUUCCAGAUCGAGCGCGUCACGGAGGAGCUCAGCAAGUACGGUCGGAUCGAGGGCAAGAACGUCUUCUACUGGUUCCAGAACCACAAGGCCCGCGAGCGGCAGAAGCAGAAGCGUGCCGCCCUCCUCACUCUCAGCACCACUUCGUCGCUGCCGGAAAUCAAAGAUGGAGCUGCAGACAAGAAGGAAGCGUGUGAGGAUGCUACGAGGUGCAAGAUCUGGCGGGGUGGUACCCAUGGCCAUGCAACUACGGAGGUAGCCGACUUCACCGACGAUGUGACGCUGGAGCUCUUCCCGUUGCGUCCUCAGGGAAAAGCUAAUUGAUAGGCUCUGCGUAUAAUCGUAUAUGAAUGCAUGCUCCGUCGUCUUGCAUGGGUGGUCCCGAUCCUGGGUCGAGUUGUUCA